CUUCUACAGAACCACUGGGACCUGACAUGGUAGAGAAGUUUUAGGACUUCGUUGCUGACCUUUGUGGCUCUGCCUAGGUGAUCAGACAAUAUCACUGACGCUCAUUUGAGAAGUUGGCAGAUUAAAUGAAAAAAUGACAUCAAACUGCCACAAUCUAUUCAUCUUUCUCGUGUGUCUCCUGAAUGUUGCAAAGAUCAGAGCCCAAUGUGAGGUACCCAGAGCAGGGGAUCAAAGAGUUUUGACUCCUGAAUCAAACAAACCGACUUACUCAGAUGGAGACACUGUAACGUUUCAGUGUAUAGUUGGUUAUAGGCCUGUAAAUCCAAAAACUUACAGAACUCUUACCUGCUCUGGAAACUCGUGGGACUACAGUACACUGGAACUGCAGUGCACAAAAAAAACAUGUGGACCUCUUCCUGACUUUCCCAAUGGGAGAUAUACUUAUUCUCCAGAUGGAGCUGAAGGAAUUUUAUUUGGUGCGACAGCCACAGCAGAGUGUAAUGAAGGCUAUCGGCUUCUUCGAUACCCCGACAGACAUUGUCGAGAUUCUGGUUGGGAUGGGAGAGAGCCUGUGUGCGAAGUGGUCAAGUGUCUUCCACCUCCUGAGAUACUGAAUGGACAGCCCGAUGAGCCUCUUGAAGAUGUUUAUGAGUAUGGACAGGCAGUCACAUACAUUUGUAAUGCAGGUUAUACUCGUUUUGGAGAUUCAAUAGUAUCAUGCUCUAGUGAAGGAACCUUUCAGCCUUCUCCUCCUGAAUGUAAAAAGGUGUACUGUGAUCCACCCAACGUUCCAAAUGGCAAAAGAAUUCAUGGAAGACCACCUUUUACAUAUAAAAGCACUAUACAGUUUGCUUGUAAUGUUGGCUUUAAGAUGGUGGGAUCUGGUUCCCUGGUGUGUGAGAGAAAUGGAUGGAAUUCAUCUCCUCCAAACUGCACUGAAAUAAGAUGUGAACCUCUUCCAGACUUUCCCAAUGGGACAUAUACUUAUUCUCCAGAAGGAGCUGAAGGAAUUUUAUUCGGUGCGACAGCCACAGCAGAGUGUAAUGAAGGCUAUUGGCUUCUUCGAUACACAGCAAGACAUUGUCGAGCCUUUGGCUGGGACGGGAGAGAGCCUGUGUGCAAAGUGGUCAAGUGUUUUCCACCUCCUGAGAUACUGAAUGGACAGCCUGAGGAGCCUCUUCUAGAUGAAUAUGAGUAUGGACAGGCAGUCACAUACGUUUGUAAUGCAGGUUAUACUCGUUCUGGAGAUUCAACAGUAUCAUGCUCUAACAAUGGACUCUUUCAGCCUUCUCCUCCUGAAUGUAAAAAAAAAACAUGUGGACCUCUUCCAGACUUUCCCAAUGGGAGAUAUAUUUAUUCUCCAGAAGGAGCUGAAGGAAUUUUAUUCGGUGCGACAGCCACAGCAGAGUGUAAUGAAGGCUAUCGGCUUCUUCGAUACACAGCAAGACAUUGUCAAGCCUCUGGAUGGGACGGGAGAGAGCCUGUGUGUGAAGUGGUCAAGUGUUUUCCACCUCCUGAGAUACUGAAUGGACAGCCUGAGGAGCCUCUUCUAGAUGAAUAUGAGUAUGGACAGGCAGUCACAUACAUUUGUAAUGCAGGUUAUACUCUUUUUGGAGAUUCAACAGUAUCAUGCUCUAACAAUGGACUCUUUCAGCCUUCUCCUCCUGAAUGUAAAAGUCAUUGUGAGGAACCCAGUGUAGAGCAUAACAGAGUUUUGACUCCUGACUCAAUCAAAUCGGCUUACUCAAAUGGAGACACUGCUAAGUUCCAGUGUUCAGCUGGUUGUGAACCUGUAGAUCCAAAAGCGUCCAGAACUAUUACCUGCUCUGGAAGCAAAUGGGACUACAGUACACUGAAACUUCAAUGCACAUGCAAAAAACUGGAAUUCCCCUCAUGCCUAACUUCAGAACUGCUAGAGAUCGAAAGGGAGAAGCUGAAAUUGUACAGGGACAGACUGGCAGUUGAGAAGGAGAGGCUGCAGCUGGACAAAGACAAACUGGAAGUGAUAAAGUCUUCACUGACGUCCAAAAAGAAAAGUGUGGAACUUUAGAACACUUCAAUGUUUGACUUUUAUUGAUCUUAAUUCUUUUAUUCACUGCUUUAUUGAAUAUUAUCUGAUCAUUAUUCUACAUGGCUGUUUAAUGAUUACAACUGAAUAACUGAAUGAACUAUAUCAAUUAAACACUCAUUUACUUUU